GGCGGUUCAAAGUUCACGAAGGGAGAGCCUAACUGCGCAUGCGUGUAACAUGGUGACACUGCCUGUACCAACUGGGCAAGUUGUACGUAGUGUUAUCAUCAUAGGAAAGUGUUAACUAGCGACAUGGGUUGUUGACUCUGGGGUUUUAAUAAGCUCUACGCGGGGAGUACGUCAUACGGGAACAGAAGGAAAACAAUGACAGCUAACGAGGAUCAAGAGAUGGAGCUGGAGGCUCUUCGCUCCAUCUAUGAGGGGGAUGAGUGUUUCAAGGAAAUCAGUUCAGUGUCCUUUCAGUUUAGGAUAGGAGACCUUGUUGACACCAAAGCGUUCAUCCUGGACCUCACAUGGCCUGAGACGUACCCUGAGACAGCCCCACAAAUCUCCCUUGAUGCCUUUUUCAAUAACAGAAUCUCUGCAGAGACGAAGCAGCUGAUCCUGUUGAAGCUGGAGGAGCAGGUGGAGGUCAACCUGGGCACUGCCAUGAUGUAUACUCUGUUCGAGUGGGCCAAGGAGAACCAGGAGGCCCUCAUGGAGAAUCACAAGCCUGUAGUCACGGCUGUGACGUCCAGCAGUGAGCAGAUGUCUGGUAGCUCAACAGGCAAGAAGAAGGAGAAGAAGGAGCAGCUCACUAAAUCUCAGAAGAGGAGGAUCAUCAGCAGAACAGAUAACAAAGGGGAAUUGCCGAGAGGUUGGAACUGGGUUGACGUUAUCAAAGUAGGUGACUUUUACCUUCCCUCCACAAGAUGGUGCAAUUACUCUGGUUUAAGCCUGCACUGACAUCCAUCAUGAACCCGUCCGUAUUAAUUUGUCUUUCUCUCCCUCCUCACCUCUACACGACAAUCCUCCAGCACGUAAGUGAAAACCAUCUAAAUAAAAAAUUCUUUAAGAUGCUUCACACCACGACCACGUCUCACUGCUUUCCCGUUUUCCUGUUGCAGUUGAGUCGAACGGGAGGAAAAGAUGAGGAAUAGGCCUGAGAGCAGCGGUCCGGUGCUGCUUUGUGCAAGGAGGCGCAGUGAAGUCUGACCUCAGUGCAGCCUGUUGAUGCUGCUGCUCCUGGCAAGAUGCCUUCACAUCCUUCAUCUCCAACAUUUAAUAUGGCUGCUGUCCCACUGAGAACCAAAGCAGGCUGGGUAACGGUGGACUUCAGACCACACACACACACACACACUCAGUACCAGCCAAACUGAGACUUUGAGCCGAAUGAGUCGAAGCCCUUGCUGUGUUUUAUUUGUUCGUGCAAUGCAGCCACAUCAUCUGCUUUUGUUGCUCACAAACAGUUAGCGCUCAGAUAUUCUGCUCCGUCAUCCGUCAGGGUGGAGUGUGCUUGAGAUACUUGCUGUCACUGCCAUGUUUUCAGUCUGAGAUGAGGCCCAGUGGUCAGGCGCUGGAGCUAAAAAAAAUGUUGGAUUGUGGUUCUAAACAGAUGUGUGAAAGUGCAGAGACAUUUUUAACAACAAACAAAAUGUACCGGUUUUCAUUUUUUGAUGAAUGUUUUUUUUCCUGAUUUAAAUUUGAAUGGAAAAACCUAAUAUUUUAUAUAUAUAAAUAAAAACCAAAUUUGGUCUA